CUCGAGUAUAGCAGACGGCUCCUUCUUACUGUACACUUUAAAGAAAUGUCAUUGUACAACUUCAAGAAAAUACAGCCGGUGCCGACGUCAACCGACUUCGUCGACAUUGUCUUGUCCAAGACCCAGAGAAAGACUCCUACCGUCAUUCACAAGAACUACAAUAUUGGCAGAAUCAGACAAUUCUACAUGCGCAAAGUCAAGUUCACUCAAGAUUCUUUCGAUGAGAAGUUUAAGUUGAUCUUGGAUGAAUUCCCUAAACUCGAUGAUAUCCACCCAUUCUAUUCUGAUCUGAUGAACGUCCUUUACGACAAGGACCAUUACAAACUUGCCCUCGGUCAAGUCAACACAGCUCGCCAUCUCAUUGAUCAAGUCGCAAAGGAUUACUGCAGACUGUUGAAGUUUGGUGAUUCUUUGUACAGAUGUAAGCAGCUUAAAAAGGCCGCCCUUGGAAGAAUGGCAACAGUUAUGAAGCGCCAAAAGGACUCGCUGGCCUAUUUGGAACAAGUUAGACAGCAUUUGGCUCGUCUUCCUUCCAUCGACCCCAACACUAGAACUCUUUUGAUUUGUGGUUAUCCCAAUGUUGGAAAGUCAUCCUUCAUCAACAAAGUUACUCGAGCUGAUGUAGAUGUCCAACCUUAUGCUUUCACUACCAAGUCAUUGUUCGUCGGUCACAUGGAUUACAAGUAUUUGAGAUGGCAAGUCAUCGAUACUCCCGGAAUUUUGGAUCAUCCUUUGGAAGAGCGAAAUACCAUUGAAAUGCAGUCUAUCACUGCUAUGGCCCAUUUGAGAUCUUGCAUCAUGUACUUUAUGGAUUUGUCUGAACAGUGUGGUUACAGUGUUGCCGAUCAGGUUGCUCUUUUCCACAGCAUUAAGCCUCUCUUUGCCAACAAGCCAACCAUGUUGGUUAUCAACAAAAUUGAUCAGGUUAAGCCCGAGGAUCUUCCCGAAGAUCAGCAAAAGAUGAUUCAGGACAUUGUCGACCAGGAUGGUGUCACCAUGGUCUCUAUGUCUUGCUACUUGGAUGAAAAUGUCAUGCAAGUUCGUAACACCUCUUGCGACAAGCUGUUGGCUGCUAGAGUCGAGAUGAAGAUGAAGGGUCAAAAGAUCAAUGACGUUAUCAACAAAAUCCAUUUGGCCGAACCUGUUGCCAGAGAUAAUGUUGACCGUCCUGCUCAAAUUCCUCAGGCUGCCGUUGGUCGUGCCAGAUUCGACAUGAAGGAUCCUAACAGACGUCGCCUUGAACGUGACAUUGAAGCCGAGAAUGGUGGUGCUGGUGUUUACAGUGCUGACUUCAAGAGUAAGUUUCCCGGUGACAUAAUGGUCUUUCUCGAUACACAUUUACUGAUCUAUUUGAUUUACACGUUAACAGAGAGAUACGACCUUGCCUCCGAAGACUGGAAAUACGAUGUCAUUCCCGAAUUUUGGGAAGGUCACAACAUUGCCGAUUUCAUUGAUCCUGAAAUCGAGGAGAAGUUGGAGGCUUUGGAGCGUGAGGAAGAGCGCUUGGAGAAGGAAGGAUUCUAUGAAUCUGAAGAAGAAAUUAUUGAUUCUGAAGAAGAAGAGCUUAAGGCAACUGCUGAAACUAUUCGUGAAAAGAAGAAGCUCAUCGUCCAAGCCCAUCGUGCAGCCAAGGGCAAUCGUAACAUUAUACCCAAGAUGGUCGCAGGUCGUGCUAGCACUGUUGAUGAUAUGAAUGAUCACUUGUCCAAGAUGGGCAUCGAUGCCAGUGCUGUCGUGGACCGUGCUCGCAGCGUUACACGCAAGCGUGCACGAUCUGAAUCUAGAGCCGAUGAUGCCGUCAGAGAGGCUAGUGUUCUUCCACGAGGAGACUCUAUGAUCAGAGAUAGAAGCACUGCUGGUCUUCGUAAUGUUAAGCAAAAGGUCGAAGCAGACAAACAAAAGAAGGUGUCUCAACGACGAUCAAAUCUCUUCGCUAAGCGUGGUGAAGCCGAUCGUGACAUUCAAACCAAGAUGCCCAAGCAUCUUUUCAGUGGUAAAGCUGCUGUUGGCAAGAGAGACAGACGUUAAAUACUGUUAUAUGAUUUCACAUUUUUUCCCGCCCGUUUUUAUAAUUUCUUUUAUUUUUUUUCUUUUUUAUCUUUCUCGCAUCACCAUCCUCUUUGAUAGAACGUUUCAUUUGCUGCAUCUAUUCCACAGAAAUAAAACUGCAUCUUGUAUUACCAUAU